GAGGAAAUGGUGGGCGGUUUUGGGGAGGAGAGCUUGUUCUGAACCGUUUGGAACGAUGAUAGCUUCCGGCGUGCGCUGUAGGUUUCAGUUACAGGCGGCAGCUGGUGCAUCAGGAGCUGUACUGCUACUAGAUGGAAUAACAUACAGACAUGUUCAGCUUUGAAGGGGAUUUCAAAACGCGGCCCAAGGUAUCUCUUGGUGGAGCAAGCAGAAAGGAAGAAAAAGCUUCACUGCUGCAUCGAACCCAGGAAGAAAGAAGGAAGCGAGAGGAAGAAAGACGACGACAAAGGAACGCAGUUAUUAUUCAGUCCUUCCUAAGGGGAUAUAGGGACAGGAAACAACAACAUAUGGUUCAGCGAAGCGAAUUUGAUGAUUAUGUUUCCUUAGCCCAACUAGGAGGAAAUUUUUCUAUCAGUGAUGGGCAUAACUUGACUGUUUUAAUAAGAAAACUCCUAUUUUUUUACAAACAAAAUGAAGAUUUGGAUAGAUUGACAUGGAUUUGUCAAAACUUGGUUAAGCAUAGUGCUCAAUAUGUGCAACAGUUAGCUGAUUCUAACAAACACAUAUGUUUAUAUCAAAUAAAACGUUUAUUGGGUUUAUGUUGCAGCCAGACCUCGACAACAUUCAUGCCACACGAGUACCGGUUUCUAAAACUUGAAUGUAUGUAUCUAUGCAGGCAUCAGGUUUUUGCUGCAUUGGCGAAAGAGUUUUUCACUGCGCCCUUCACAGACCAGAUCUACAACUUCCUUAUUCCAGCACUGUCUGCAAGAGCUUCCUUUCCGUAUGUGUCUUUCUUGAGUGCGUUGUUAAUACCAAACAUGACGUCUUCAGUGGGACUCACUUUUACCAAGGAUAUGGCACCUUGGCUUCUGUACUUUGUUCUUGCUGUUGGAGAAUCACAGAUAGGAGUUCUGUCUGAGGAUGGAAUGCUUGUGUAUUUAAGGAUGGUGCAGAUUCUUUUACCACAGUUACCUGUUUCACUGACUGGUUCAAACAGCAGAGAAAUUGGUAGUGACUCUGAAAAUGAAGAGGAAGAAGAGCGUAAAAUGAUAACGAGUAACGAUGAUGGUAGAAUUUCAAUAAGUUUAAUUACUGCAGAGUGUCUCAAAAAGUUGGACACUAAACAGCAGACUAAUGCCCUGCUCAAUCUGGUAUGGAAGGAAUCUGUGAGUGAAGAUGUUUUCACAAUGAUGGCGUCUAUCUGUCAUACUCUGAUGGUACAGCACAGAAUGAUGGUUCCAAAAAUCAGACUUCUGUAUAGUUUGGCUUUCAACGCAAGAUUCAUGCGACAUCUUUGGAAUUUGAUCACCUCUGUCACAACGAAAAUGAUCACCGGGUCAAUGGUCUCAUUACUUCAACUGAUCUCUCGAGGAUCUCCAAUGUCACUUGAGGACUCGCAUCGGAUCAUACCUCUCUUUUACCUCUUCAGCUCCCUCUUUAGCCAUUCCCUUAUUUCGGUACAUGACAAUGAAUUCUUUGGAGAGCAGACUGAAGGAGGUGUGGGUCAGCAGCCACCGACAAUGAUGCCGUUCACUUUAAGCGAGUUAGUGACAUUAUCCCGUUGUCUUCGGGAUGCUUGCCUUGGAAUAAUUCAUCUGGCAUAUCCAGAAACCAAGCCAGAGGUUCGGGAGGAGUACAUGGUGGCAUUUAAGAGCAUUGGCGUGCGGACCAAUACUGAAAUGCAACAGCGAAUUGAAGCAGAGAGAAAAAGAUGGAUUCAGCUUUUUAAGGUGAUCUCUAAUUUAGUGAAAAUGCUAAAAUCAAGGGACACAAGAAGGCAAUUCUGUCCUCCUGAUCACUGGCUUUCUGAUCAAGUUAAUAUCCGAGCAGAUAAGGUCACUCAGCUGUAUGUGCCCUCAGCUAGACAUGUCUGGAGGAUGCGCCGAAUGGGAAGGAUAGGGCCAUUGCAAUCUACACUAGAUGUUGGGCAGGAGCCAGCUCAGUUAUCAGUAUCUGAAGAACGUCAUCUUGCCAUUUUAACAGAACUACCUUUUGUAGUUCCGUUUGAAGAACGAGUUAAGAUCUUUCAAAGAUUGAUCUUUGCUGACAAACAAGAUGUGCAAGGAGAGGGGCCAUUUUUAGAUGGAAUUAAUGUGACAAUUCGACGCAAUUAUAUCUAUGAAGACGCAUAUGACAAGCUGUCACCAGAAAAUGCAUCUGUAGUUUUCUGGUCUCUUUGGCUGGUUUUUGAAAUAUAUGCGAUCUUGAGGGGACAUGACAGUGUGGAUACCGGGAGGGUACUACUUACUGCAGGAUAG